UUUGUUGGUGUGUUGCCUUCAGAAAGAUGGAUUUAAAUCAUUUUUUUAUUCGACGAAUAAAACAAUUCCAUCGCAGCUUAAAUGUUCAGCACAGUGACUCAUAUUAUGGUAUGUGCUGUGCUCCAAUGUUUGGGCCAUUUGUAGAAAUUGUAUAAAAAGGAUUUUUUUUUACGUGUUUGUUGGUUUCGCUGGUGCCGUAUUUAUAAUUCAUGACUGGGCUUUUCCCGUUAUUCUAUUUUUAGAAAGUGGCAAAAGGCAAUAAUAUGACGUCACGAAUAUCGCGUAUAAGCUGCGCUCCCCGCUUCUCUGUCUCUCUCUCUCUCACUCCUCCAUAUACCUACUUCUACAUCAGUAUGGCCACCUCAGCUGCCUCAUCUAUCCGUCCUCACACCACGUGACCCAGCUCUGUCCUUCAGUGCCUCAUUCAGCAUGAUGGCUGCGGAUGCUGCGGAUGCUCUCUGCAGCAUCCUGCAUCCGCACCGGCUCUCCAUUCUCUUUCUCACCGUCACCCUCUCCUCUUUGCCGGAUCCGACCACGGCGCUGCUAGGCGUCCGGCCUGAGGAAACCCAAAGCGGGAAGCUGACGGUGCAGGAUGGGGUAAUAAGGGCAACCGAGGGCACUCGCUUCAUGCUCAGGGUUUACUACUCCACAACUGCAGUAGCGGAGCAUCCCAACAGCCCGAACACCACCGGCAGACCUAACACCGCUCCUGCCGCACCGUGGAUCGCGUUUAUAGAGGAAACAGAUGCGGAUGGAGUCGAGCCGGAGAGUCGGCUACUGUCAAAGAAGAACCCGUGCGAAGAGGAAACUGCCCGGAGCUCCGACAUCGAGCUCCUGGGUUCUUUCAGAUCGCCCUCAACUUAUAACUCAAUUUUGGUGGAGCUGCUCGCUAAAGACCUGCGCAGAGGUGAGGUGAUCAAAUACUACUCCAUGUGCGCCUUCGACGGAGUGAAAUGGGAACAUUUAAGCACCAAAGACUUUUGGCUGGCCGUGGUGGAGAGACCCCCAGAGGCAGAUGUCUGGCUUCAGGCAGGUGUCUCCGUGCUCCUGUUGGCGCUGUCAGCGCUCUGCAGCGGUCUGAACAUCAGCAUGCUGGCUCUGGACCCCGUGGAGCUCCGGGUCCUGCAGAACAGUGGCACAGAGAAGGAGCAGAAAUACGCACGGAAAAUAGAGUCCGUGCGUAAACACGGCAACUACAUCCUUUGCACCGUGGUGCUGGGCAACGUGUUAACAAACACAUGCUUUGUUGUCUGGAUGUGCCAGAUUCUGGGGAUGACUGCCCUCUCAACUGCCUUCUGUACUUUUGGCAUUUUCUUUAUUGGAGAGAUUUUACCUCACAGUGUAGCGUCCAGGCACAGCCUUGCCAUCGCCUCCAAGACCCUGUGCGCCACCCGCCUGCUGAUGCUGGUGUUUUUCCCCGUGGCCUAUCCAGUGUCCAAGAUUCUGGAUAUCAUGCUACACCAAGAGAUCAGCAGCUUCUACACCAGAGAGAAGUUGGUGGCCAUGCUGCGUGUCACAGACCCAUACCACGACCUGGUCAAAGAAGAGCUCAACAUCAUCCAGGGAGCGCUGGAGCUGAGGACCAAGACCGUGGAGGACGUGCUGACCCCACUGACGGACUGCUACAUGCUGUCCUCGGACGCCGUGCUGGAUUUCUGUACCAUGUCGGAUGUGAUGCAGAGCGGAUUUACCAGGAUCCCGGUCUACGAGAACGAGCGGUCCAACAUCGUUGACCUUCUGUUUGUUAAAGACUUGGCCUUCGUGGACCCAGACGACUGCACGCCUCUGAAAACCAUCACUCAGUUUUACAAGCAUCCCCUGCACAGCGUGUUCAACGACACCAAGCUGGACGUGAUGCUGGAGGAAUUUAAGAGAGGCAAAUCCCACCUGGCUGUGGUGCAGAGGGUGAACAGCGAGGGGGAGGGAGACCCUUACUACGAGAUGAUGGGCAUCAUCACCCUGGAGGACGUCAUAGAAGAAAUCAUCAAGUCUGAGAUCGUGGAUGAGACAGACCUGUUCACUGAUAAUCGCACGAAAAGGCGAGUGUCCAACCACGAGAGGAAGCAACAGGACUUUUCUGUCUUCAAACCAGGAGAGAAUGAACUGAGAGUUAAAGUUUCACCUCAGCUGCUGCUCGGAACUCUCCGCUUCUUAGCUACAUAGGUGGAGCCCUUCAGGCCGUGUCACCUGUCAGAGAAGAUCUUGCUUCGUCUCAUUAAGCACCCCAGUGUCGUGCAGGAGCUCAAGUUCAACCCCAAGAACAAACACGCUUCUCAACACUACCUCUUCCUGAGAAACAAACCCGUCGACUACUUUGUCCUCAUCCUGCAGGGCCGUGUGGAGGUGGAGAUCGGUAAAGAGGCUCUCCGCUUUGAAAAUGGAGCAUUUUCCUAUUAUGGCAUGCCAGCACUUCUGCACACUGGUCGCAGGUACAGUUCCCGCAGCAGUGGCCUAAACCAGUCAGACUCAUUACUAAGCGGAGGCAGCAUGGGUCAACUCACUACAGGAGGAGGGAACUAUUUACCAGACUACUCUGUUCGACAGAUCACGGAUCUGCAGAUCAUCAAGAUCACCAGGAACCACUACCAGAACGCACUCACGGCCACCAAGAUGGACAGCUCCCCUCAGACACCUGAAGCGGUGGAUCCCGAUGCCAAGAGAAGGUCUGCUGUCCCGGAGGCUCGAUCCAACAGCAUUGCCCUCCCGCUCACCCACGCGCACACCCGUCUUGGGCUGGCACGUCUCGCACAUCUCCAUCCCCUGAGUGGCCUUCGCAGCACCUGCAAGCUCAAUGAAAGGAACAGAAUCGUUCGCAGUAAAUCUGAUGGACAGAGGAGUCCAAAUGACACCGUGUUCCUCCGCAUGGACGAGAUUCCCUAUAUCUGUGAGGACAGACCGGAAGGUUUUAGAGAAAAUGAGUCUCCACCGUCCUCCCCCCCCGUCAUCAGCUCCCUGUCUCUGUCCAGCUCGGAGGAAAACUUUGGGAAGAAGCUGCUGCAUAAAUUGAGUAACAAGAGAAGGAAAAAGACGCAGGAUGGAGAAAAUAGUUUAGAAGGAGGCUCAGAGAAAGCCUCACUGACGAGCUAGCACACAGGCACGGAGGGGGGAGGAUGCAGCAUCCGCCUUCAACGACCUCAUCAGCAUCAGCAUCAGCAUCAGCCAUCCCGACUAAAUAACCCCUCCUCCACAGAGUCCCUUCCUUUCUCCCUGCAGUUCCAUUACUCCCAGGAGAUGGAGCCGUCAUACCUGCUGUAGUCAGAAAAUACUUCUCAGGUUCCCAAAGGACACACUCUCUCCAGCCUCUGCCUCACAUCUCGCCUUUAAAAAUCACAGCACAGACCAUUCUGAGGAACAUUGUUCUAGGAACAGUCCAGCCGUUCAGUGGACUGUUCACUAAUGAGUUAAAAUAGAGUCAGUCUUAAGUUCUAAUGGUACUAAACCCUACCUAGGCCAUGUGGACGUUAUUUAAACCACAGGGUUGUUGAUAAGUUAAAGGGUGAAUUAGAACCUUUUCAUUAUUUUUAAAAAUUUGAUAAAAAAAAAACAAACAAAAACAAGUUCAUGUACAUGGCCAGCAAUACUGUAGUUAGUUGUGCUGUGCGAAAGACAGAUGGGUUCAAGGUGGGGUUUGGUAGAGAAUAUAUGGACCUGCUCUGACAUUGUACUUGAACAGUUUGUAUUCCCAGUUGCUGAGGAUUUGUUACUUUGGGGUACUUCCUAAUUAUUGGAAAUAUUUGCACAGAAAUAACUGGCUUUCAACAGAUACUCAGCUUAAUAAACAAGCACAACUCUGCCCCUUAAACAAACAAAAAUAAUCUUUUUAGAAAAAAAAAGGCCAUGGUGUGACUUACUGUCAUCUUUGAUGACAUGUUGUAAUGUAAAAAAAAGCCUUUUUUUUUUUUACAUAUAUCAGGGUAAAAUUUGACAAAGAUGGCAAUAUAUAGUAUAUAUGAAUUAUCUUAUAUACUGUAACUGACUUGAAUACAUCACUGCACCAGCACAAAGUGCAUACGCAAAGUCCAGACUGGAACACAACAGGGCCAAGACAAAAAUAACCAAGACCAGGUAUCUGCAGUUCUGAAGAAAGAGGGGGAGGAGGGAAGGGGGGGUGAACAUAAAGGAACAGGAGGGAGACACAGAAGAGACAAAGACAAAGGACUGGGUGAGUGAGGACAGGAACCACAUGGGAGGCAGGAAUAAUUGGACACAGAUGAGAAACCCAAAAUUUGGGGCAGACAAUCACAUAAAGAACCAGGAAAAAGACUCAUAUAAAUACUCCAUUCAGCAGAGUUCAGGUUCACCACCACACUCAAAACGUUUUCACACAUUUUCUACCCAUCUUUGUCAUCUUUUAACAUUUUUUGGGGCGAGAAGAUCUGUAUUUUUAAAGAAUUAUCACCUGGAUGUUUAUUCAUAACUUGUACUUACAAACUUUCAUAUUUAUUAGUCAUAGCAAAGAGACUUACUUUAAAAACGUCUUAGUUUUCGUCACGUUUUAAAUCGUUGUGCCGUUAGUUUGUUAGUUCAAGUCCAACGGAGAUUUUCUUCAUUGUGUGCUACAUCUAAAUAAGCUAUGGGUUUUUUGGGAGGGCGGAGGGGUCUUCAUUAGUAUUAAUUGGUAGUCACAAAGACGUUAUGUGCAUGUUGAUAACAAUUUGAAAAAAACAAAC